GCCACCAUGCCCAUCUAAAUAUUUUAUUUUUCAUAGAGACAAGGUCUUAUUAUGUUACCCAGGCUCCUUUGACAACGAUUUUAAGUGAACUUCAGGUCCAAUUUGCAAAACCCCAAAAGCAGUGGGCUCUGUCAGUGGCUGCAGUACUGAAGGGCAAGUAGUAGAAUAUGUUCUUCUCUGCAUUCAUAGCUUCAUGUGGAUGAUGACUGUCAUCAUCUUUGAAUGUACAAUGGGCAUAUGUGGGGUUAAAAGUAGAAGUGAUCUUAAUGUUUGUCUUUACCAUAAUUAUUACCUCCCUUGGGAAUCAUUUUAUAUCCUGACUUGUUAACGCUUAAAAACAAUCAGUGUUCUACAUGAAAUUAUUUAGUGUUUUCCACUUCAGUUUAAUUUAUAUUCAGAGCACUUAAAAAGAUAUUUACACAAGUAAAAAUUCCAGGGGGGUGGGGGAGAGAGAGAGAAUGUGUGUGUGUGUGUGUGUGUGUGUGUGUGUGUGUUUUAACAGCAAAUGGAAGUGUAUAAAGAAAAGGAACAUGAGUCAAUGAGGGUAAGUAAGAACCUGAUCUUGGAUGGAGGAUCAAGGAAUGUCUCCCUGAGUAGGUGAUACUUAAACUGAUAAACAGGAGUGAAGUGGGCUACAAGUGCUGGUGGUGAGCAUUUUAGUUCAGAAAAAACACUUGCAAGAGGUCUAGUGCCAGAAGGAGAGGUUGAGGCACUUUAUUAUAUAAAGAGUAAGAUACAUCCAGAUAAUGCAUGUAGAACCAGCAAAGAUUUGGAAAGUAUCCUCUUGGGGAACUAGAGUUAAGACCAAGAAAUGUUGUGUUUGGGAUACCAGCAAAGCAAGGGCCCCCAAAACAUGAGUAAAAUCGAGUUUUGAUAGUUAACUUGAAUUCUGCUAUAAAAGCAUCUAAAAAGAUAUCAAUUGAGUAUGUUAAAUUUUGUGUCAUUUAUAAGUUUUUAUUUUGCAUUACAUAGGUGGGGGAGAUAAGGUUCACCUUACCUGAAUUUUCAGUGCUUAGGACUUCUAAAGGGCUUCAGCCUUAGGGAUAAUUCUAGUCAAGCCCAGUGUCUUCCUUUUUACAAUAAUAAGCUCGGUCCAAAAAUUGUGAUUUAUCUUGCAUGCCCCACGUGGCUAGUGACACGCUCUAGGCCUUAAAUUCAGAACUCUUGAGCUAGCACUCCCUGCCCCUUUAAGAAUGAAGGAACUUAGAGAAAAAUAAAUCCAAGUUUAGUAGGCACGGGCUGUUGUUGAGGCCUGGCGGGAAGCUCUUUGAGAACUAGAACGCCCCAAGACAAAAUGUAUUCGCUAAGUCGCAAACGCGCGACAUGCCGUUACCAUGGUUACAGUUGUCUCCAAAGCCAAUGGAAUGAAUUGUGCUAUCGAUACGGCCAGGACAACUCCGCCCCCGAGCCGAAGGCCAAUGGUAUGAGCUGUAAUAACAGUCUCCACAAGAAGCACAGUCUCUGGCGCCAUUGGCGUGCGUCGUCUCUAUGGUUCCCGCCGGAAGGACCCCUUUGCGUCUCUGUGGCGAGCGCGGUUGCUAUGACGCCCAGGUCUCCUUCUGCACCUGCCGCUGGCAGCUGGGCGCCUAGGGGCCGAGCGACCCCGGGACCCUCGCGGCACCCUCCGCAGGAAAAUUUCCGACUUGGUUCCUGAGGUUCCUGCCUCAGCCCUAAGGAGGAAAGCACCCAUUCUCCCCUCUUUUCCGCAUUCCGGGCCUUUUCUGCUUCUCCCCAGCAUGGCCCGAAACUACAGGAGGGGAAACCCUCCUGGCCCGGCCUUUCUAGCCCCUGGCUGCAGUGAUUCCGCCUGAAGGAGAAUUAGCCCGUUUUCCCCGGACCCAGCUGCCACAAGCAUUUAGUAUUAGGCUGCCGCCUAUUAUUAGAGCGGGCUUAGAACAUCCUCAGCGAGGUUGGAGUGCCGGAGUGCAGUAGCACGAUCUCCUCUCACUGCAGCCUCAACCUCCUGGGCUCAAGUAAUCCUCCUGUCUUGUCCUCCCAAAAUGCUGGGAUUACAGUCUCAUAAUGAAGACCUGGAAAAAGACAAAACAUCACAAAACUACCUAGGAAAAGGUAUGGAACAAGUAGCAAAGAAGUUAGGGGUGGCCCAUGAAGAGAUUCAAAGACUCACUGAUGAACUACAAGUGAAGGAGAAAGAACAGUGUAAAUUAGAUUCUGCGCUUAAGAAGGCUCAACUAGAAAUUGACAAAUUGAAGGAAAAUUUGGUAAAGCAGAAAGAAAAUGAUGCAGCUGACCUACAGAAAGCAAAGGAACACAGUCAGAGACUGGAUGAGGAAAUUCUGGCUUUAAGAAAUAGGGUUCGAUCACUUGACUCAGAAAAAAAGGUGCUUGGUGAAAUGGUUGAAAGACUUAAAGGAGAGGUGUGUGAAUCUCAAGACAAUAAGCAACUUGAAGACCACUCCCCUGGAAAAACUGUGGGUGGUGAACAGAGAGAACAGGAAUUGCAAAAAUCAAAGUCAGAGCUUAUAUGCCUUUAUAAUGAAGUUCACAAUCUCCCAGGGGCAUCAGAAAGCAGAGACCAUUUUUUAAUAGCAUGUGACCUGUUACGAAGAGAGAAUUCUGAAUUAGAAACAAAGUAUCCGUCAUCUGGAGAUAAACUAAAAUACAACCAGCAAGGGGAAGUACAACAACUUCACCAGAAUUUGCACCGGCUCCAGAUUCUAUGCAACUCAGCUGAAAAUGAGCUUCGAUAUGAACGAGGGAAGAACUUGGACUUAAAGCAACAUAAUAGCUUACUUCAGGAAGAAAACAUUAAGAUAAAGAUUGAGCUAAAGCAUGCCCAACAGAAGUUAUUAGAGAGUACAAAGAUGUGCUCUUCACUCACGGCAGAGUGUAAGCAGUGUCAGCAGAAAAUCAAGGAACUGGAGUUGGAAGUACUUAAACAGACUCAGAGCAUUAAAUCACAGAACAACCUACAGGAAAAGCUGGCUCAGGAGAAAUCUAAAGUUGCUGAUGCGGAGGAAAAGAUUUUGGACCUGCAGCGGAAAUUAGAACAUGCUCAUAAAGUCUGUCUCACAGACACUUGUAUUUCAGAGAAGCAGCAGCUAGAGGAAAAGAUAAAAGAAGCAACAGAAAAUGAAGCUAAAGUAAAGCAACAAUAUCAAGAAGAACAACAGAAGAGGAAACUCCUAUAUCAGAACAUAGAUGAGUUACACAGGCAAGUGAGAACAUUACAAGAUAAAGAAAAUCUACUGGAAAUGACCUGUUCUCAGCAACAAUCCAGAAUUCAGCAACAAGAGGCCCUACUUAAACAACUGGAAAAUGAGAAAAGAAAAUAUGAUGAGGAUGUCAAAAGCAACCAAGAAUUGUCAGAGAAGCUGUCUAAGCUACAGCAAGAGAAGGAAGCUCUACGUGAAGAAUAUUUGCGAUUAUUGAAGCUGCUUAAUGUCCAUGUGAGAAACUAUAAUGAGAAACAUCAGCAACACAAAAUCAAGCUUCAAAAAGUCAAGUAUCGUUUAACGAAUGAAGUAGAACUACGAGAUAAGAGAAUUAACGAAUUUGAAGAUGAAAUUGGAAUCCUGCAACAUAAAAUAGAAAAGGAGAAGGCAAUACAGGACCAGAUCACUGCCCAAAAUGAUACCCUGCUUCUAGAAAAAAGGAAACUUCAGGAGCAAGUCAUAGAGCAAGAACAGUUGAUCCACAGCAACAAAUGGACGAUAUCUUCCAUCCAGAGCAGGGUACUUUACAUGGAUAAAGAAAAUAAGCAAUUACAGGAAAAUAGUCUUCGUCUCACACAGCAGAUUGGCUUCUUAGAGCGAAUUAUAAGGAGCAUCCAUAUUCGCAGAGGAGAGAAUCUUAAGGAGUUUCCUGUUCCAAAAUGGUGGCAUAGAGGCAAGCUGGCUUCUCUCCCCGCAACAAAGAAACGGAAAGAAAUAUACAGCACUGAGGUCUGCACCUGCAACAAUGCAGAACUCCAGCAUGAGGAUGAGUCAGUUCCCAAGGCCACCGAGAAGUGGAAACACUCUGAGCAGAUGGAAACAACAAUUAGUGACAUCCUUGAAUCUGAAGUAGUGAAUGAAAUACUGCCUUUAUCAAACUCCAGUUUUUCAGGAAAAGGUCUGGUAGAGUCAUUUGUAAGUCUUCAAGAGACUGACGACAUUAAGUCAAAAGAAGCAAUGGCAAGUUCGAAGUCCCCUGAAAAGUCCCCUGAGAAUCUUGUGUGUUCACAGAAUUGUGAGGCUGGAUACAUAAAUGUGACUUCUCUGAAAGAGACACAUGGUAUACAAGAACAAGACCAAAAGUCAGAACUAUAAAAUCACUGGUGCCUAAAGCUAUACUGAACAAAACUGCUAACUUAAAGCCUGGACAAAAGGUGGACCAUGACAUUGAGAAGAGUUACCACAGAUCCCAAAUGGAUAUCAGCCAAGAGUCUUCAAAAUUGCUGAUAAAUUCAUUAAAGCAAUUCUAAAAAUGGA